UAAAGAGGGCUUGGUUCUUCGCUUCAGGAAGCGCUCGAAAGCACAUUUCACGCGGAUUUCAAUUUGUUCGUUUAUUUUCACGGUGAGAGGUGUCGAGAAGUGUCUGCAAAGAUGGUGUCCCUGCAGACUAUUGCGAGUAUAGUGAUCAAAGUGCUCAAAUUGGUUAUCAAUCUCAUCAUUUUGAUCCUGUAUCGUACAGGAUAUGGCGGCGAAUUUUUAGGUGUAGGUGGAACUUGGAAUUUGAACGAGGACAAGAAUCCGGAUGCCGAGAUUGUCGCUUCCGGCGUCUUGGUCGGUUUCUUCAUCUACACGAGUGUCGUGCUCGUCAGCUACUGUUUCGGAAAUACCGAGCACAAAAAGACUCUUGUUGAAAUCAUCAUGAAUUUCGUCGGAACCUUCAUGUUUAUAGCUGUUGGUGGAACAGCCUUGCAUUAUUGGCACGGUUAUCAGCCUGAACAAAAAUUCAUAUACGAUGCGCCAGAGAGACAGAUUGGCUUGGCCGUGGGCGCAUUAUGCGUUAUAGAAGGCGCAACCUACCUGGUGGAUCUUAUUUUAAGUUUUCUUCAUUACGCUAAAGAUGAAUUCCAAUAGUAUAAGAAAAAAAAAUAUUAUAAAAUAAGGUUGUUGUUAAGGACGAUAUUUAAUAUCAUUUCUUUCCGUUUCAUUCCAUCAAAAUUAAUCUUGUUAAA